GCAGUCACUAGACGGCGCGGAGGGCUCCCGGCGGGCGCGUCCGGAGUGUGGCCACCGCCACCUGAAAGCGGGGCCGCGAGUCUGGCCCGGAGUACCGGGGUACCGCCGCCGCCGCCGCCCCCCACCGAGGGGCCCCACAGAUUAUUUUAGGAAGAAAACCGCCUGGAAGAAUCAAUGAAGUUCCUUCUUUUCACAUUUGUUGGUGUUGUUCACCUUUUCUCCUUGAACUCUGGGAAAGCGAUCUAUAAGAAUGACUUCUCUCGGAGGACUUUUCAAGAAAUAAAAGAAGAAAUAGCCCGCUAUAAAGAUGUUGCUAAAGCAAUCAUCAACCUUGCUGUUUAUGGUAAAGCCCAGAACAGAUCCUACGAGCGACUGGCACUUCUGGUUGAUACUGUUGGACCCCGACCAAGCGGCUCCAAGAGCUUGGAAAAAGCCAUCCAAAUCAUGUACCGGAACCUGCAGGAAGAUGGGCUGGAGAAUGUCCAUUUGGAGCCGGUCAAAAUACCCCACUGGGAAAGAGGAGAAGAAUCUGCUGUGAUGCUGGAGCCAAGGGUUCACAAGAUGGCUAUUUUGGGUCUUGGCAGCAGCAUUGGGACUCCCCCAGAAGGCAUUACGGCAGAAGUUCUGGUGGUGACCUCUUUCGAGGAACUGCAGAGAAGGGCCCCAGAAGCAAGAGGCAAGAUUGUUGUUUAUAAUCAACCUUACGUCAACUACUCGAAGACAGUGCAGUACCGGGUCCAGGGGGCAGUGGAAGCUGCUAAAGUGGGGGCUUUGGCGUCCCUGAUUCGCUCAGUGGCUUCCUUCUCCAUCUACAGUCCUCACACAGGUAUUCAGGAAUACCAGGAUGGUGUGCCAAAAAUCCCGACAGCUUGUAUCACAGUGGAAGAUGCAGAGAUGAUAUCCAGGAUGGCUUCCCGUGGGAACAGAAUUGUUAUUCAGCUGAAGAUGGGGGCAAAGAACUACCCAGAUGCUGAUUCCUUCAACACUGUAGCAGAGAUCAUUGGCAGCAAGUACCCAGAGCAGGAGUGUGUAUGUAAGCACAUGCGUGAGUUAUGCUCAAAUACAAUUACUUGUGCUUCCUUCAAACCGAAAAAAGCCGGUAAAGAGUUCAGUAUUCAGUGGAUCUAUGUCCCGGAAGUUGUACUGGUCAGUGGACAUCUGGACAGCUGGGACGUUGGGCAGGGCGCCAUGGAUGAUGGUGGCGGAGCCUUUAUAUCAUGGGAAGCACUCUCGCUUAUUAAAGACCUUGGGCUGCGACCAAAGAGGACUCUGCGUUUGGUGCUCUGGACUGCCGAGGAACAAGGUGGAAUCGGGGGCUUCCAGUAUUACCAGUUACACAAGGUAAAUAUUUCCAACUACAGCCUGGUGAUGGAGUCUGAUGAGGGAACCUUCUUACCCUCUGGGCUGCAAUUCACUGGCAGUGAGAAGGCCAGGGCCAUCAUGAAGGAGGUCAUGAGGCUGCUGGAGCCUGUCAAUGUCACACAGGUCUUUAGGACUGGAGAAGGGACAGACAUUAACUUCUGGAUCCAAGCUGGAGUGCCUGGAGCCAGUCUAGUUGAUGACCUCUAUAAAUAUUUCUCCUUCCAUCACUCCCAUGGAGAUACCAUGACUGUCAUGGAUCCAAAGCAGAUGAAUGUGGCUGCUGCUGUUUGGGCGGUUGUCUCUUACGUCAUCGCAGACAUGGAGGAGAUGCUGCCCAGGUCUUAGUGAGAACAAGCAAGCAAGCCCUUGUGUCCUUUCUGGCCAGGAAUUCUAGGAAUGCAGCUCCAGGAAGUCCCUCUUCAACUAACAGUUUGAUCUCACCUGAUCCAUUUUCAAAGCGUAAUACUUUCUCAUACUUUCUGUUGCCAUCUUUCUCAAUACUUUCCAAAUUCUCUGUUUCUAAAGGAAGAAAUGAUCCCCACUCCCACAUACAGUCAAAAUAUGGUAGGGAUCACAGUGGGGACCUUUCUUUAUACCACCUGUGAAAAUUAUUGUUUCUGCUUUGAAGAUAAAUACUCAAUAAAAAUUUGGAAGAUC